AUGAUUGAAACUGAAAGACUUCCCAUAUCAACUAAUGUACCUUCAUCCGCGCAUCCUUCGGCAUUUUCAAACGGCUACCAAUGUAUUUCGCGAAAUCCAUAUUUAAGAAGUGACAAUUCAUCCGUUUUCACGGGACAUCCUUAUUAUUCGUCGGUGUUUCCUCAGCAGACUUAUUUUUCGACCCAUCGAAAUUUUGCUCUAUCGAAUAUUCUACCUCUGGAAAACCAAUUCAAUGCAAACAUUUCUGGCCUUCUGUCUGUUAAUCCGAUUAAGGAUGAUAGAGCAGAUGCCUCUAUGAGAGAUGAAUCCUUGAGGAGGCUUCUUUCGCUCCAUCGAGCCUAUUAUGAUCUCUCCUCCCUUACAUUCUGCAAGGCAGUCUACUUGGUCGACGUCUUUAUUACCCGUGUCAAAGUCAAGCCAAGGUAUAUGAUGAUACUUACUAUGGCUUGCUACUAUAUUGCAUCUAAGUUCGAUUCAAUUAAACAAAUGCCUCCGACUCUGGAGAGUCUCGUUAGAAUGGCUGACUGUGGUGGCUCAUCUGAUGAUUUGCUCAAAAUGGUCCAGAUAGUCUUGACCAAGCUUGGAACUAACGUGAUUGCUGCCAUUGGUUCGUCCUCUGCUACUGCUCUUGACUUCCUCUCAGCGUUACUCGCUGACGCGAACAAAGGAGUUCAGGAUGUUGUGCUUCCUACUUUUCUUCUCCGUGAGGUAGAGAAUGCGCUCUGCUCUACAAAAUCUGCCCAAUUCCGCCCUGCCUGCUUGGCACUGGCUCUACUCGUGUCCUACAAGCAGGUCUGUCCCCCACCCUGUGUCAAUGAUUCUGAGUCUCCAACUUUUAAAAUUCUUGAAACGUUGGAGUUCGCUGAUUUGCGUCCUAUCGCCGACUUCUGCAAUAUUAGUUGGGAUGAGGUUGAGGCUUGUUCUCGGACUCUCUACGAGGGCGGAGUUCUUGAGAGUUACUCGCCGGCUAAGUCUUCAGUGCCUUUGUCAAGAGUAAUGUGGAGCCUAGCCAAACGCAAACGUCUCAACGUCUCAAUCUCUGUUCCUCCUAAGUUGAAGACCAUUUGUGAAAAUGGCGAGGCUGAGAUGGAGGAGUAG